GUCGGUCUGCAAGUCCUCCGCGUGCGACGGACGCAGACGACCGAGAGAAACAUCUCGGGUCAACGUAGAGCAGGCCUGACUACCAUGAUGCAAGCUCUUGGCGAUGUCACAAGUAUGCACGGUCACGGAGUCUUGUGUGCCUCUAGGUCCAAUGUGGAACUCCAUUCGACAGCCGGAUGA